UAUAAGGACCUGUCUCCCAGUCCAGAUACCACUGCUGUUCAUCUGCCUGUCUACCAGACCAGCCCAGAGUACUGUACCACUGCUGUUCAAAUGCCUGUCUAUCUGUCCAGAAUGAAGCUUAUCCUGACUCUCUCUCUCAUCUGCACUCUCUUCUGCUCAGUUGAGAUGCUGCAGUGUUUCAACAACUCAUUUAUAGUCAACUGUUCAGCCCCUUUCGGAGAAACAUGUCUCACUGCAACCAUCAAUGCAAAAGGUCUCAUCAAUUCAACCCAGGUAGUCAAGGAGUGUUCCCCAAUCUUCAGCUACGGUGAAGCCACAGUGUCAGUGAACCUGGGCUUCUUACACAUUGCCUCUAACCAGUUAUUUUGUAACAUCGAUGGGUGCAACAAACAAACUCUACAGUCUGCCCCCAAUUUGGCUAAUGGAAGACAAUGUCCCUCCUGCAGCAGCUUCAGGGAUACGAUGUGUAACAGCACUGUGACCUGCCUGGGUGUGGAAGACCAGUGUUUUAGCGGCAGUGUAACACCUGGCAUCAAUUCUACUACGGUGAAUCUCAAGGGCUGUACAACUUCCAACGUGUGCAUUUCCAUUUAUCAACUGCUGCCCUCAAUAACUCAACUGCUGCCCUCAGUGAAUCAACUGCUGCCCUCAGCGAUUAGCUUUAGUGACCUCAAUGUGUUCACCUGUAAGACAGCUCCUGUAACUGUAACCACAGCUCCUGUAACUGUAACCACAGCCUCUGUUAUUGUAACUACAGGCCCUGUAACAGCCACAGCCUGGUCCAUCAGACUGAGCCUAGUCCCUCUGCUGCUGGGCCUCACUAUCAGCAAAUUAAUCUGAUAUAAACAGAGAUGAACAUAUCGGGACUCAUCUGACAACAUAAUGCAUUGACUAGAACACAACAUAAUGUACAAUGAUUUUCAUGUAUUGUGAAAUAUGUACUAUAAGUGAAAUUAUGUUAUUUUAUUUGGAAUUUUCCAGAUGACGCCCUGUUACAUUAUAUAGUGUGUUUGCUUAUAUAUUUAUCUGUAUAUUUUAUCAAUUGUGAUUGCUUGUAAGUUUAAAACAAAUAAUAUUUUUAAAUGCCAAUAAAGUUUCUUUCACUCUA